ACUCAAAUACGUUUCGAGAAGUUACAGCACGAAGCUGCGAACGUUUGGAGAGAACAACAAAGAACAGCUAAAAGUGGAAAAUUGAAGACAUCAUAUUAAAAUGGUUUACACGUUGUUCGUGGUCGAAAUAAUAUCGGCGUUCGUGCUCGCCGCGACCCUUUUGUACCGAUAUGGAGAUUGUUAUAGAAAUCACAUAUUGGUGACAGUAUCAGUGCUAACAGCAUGGUACUUUUCUUUUGUUAUUAUGUUCCUCUUGCCAUUGGACGUGACGUCGACUGUUUACCGUCAAUGUCUAGAAGAUAACUCCACAAUUACAAUAGCAGAAAGAGCUGUAAUUAACAAUGUAUCAUCUACAACAACUCCGCCCAUUGUGCCAUGUCAGGAACCUUGGAGCUAUGUACAUAAGGAAGUUUUUACUAAUCUGUGGAGGGUUGUUUAUUGGACAUCACAAUGUCUGACUUGGUUAAUAAUGCCGAUGAUGCAGUCGUACAGUAAAGCAGGUGACUUUACAGUGAAAGGAAAAUUAAAAUCUGCAUUAGUUGACAACGCCAUAUACUAUGGCUCUUACCUACUGAUAUGUGGCAUUCUCCUCAUAUACAUUGCCUUGAAACCGGGCGUAUCAUUAGACGGUGCAAAAAUAAAAGCAAUAGCUUCAUCUGCAAGUAACACUUGGGGUCUAUUUUUAUUGAUUUUGUUACUCGGAUAUGCUUUAGUUGAAGUACCGAGAAAUUUAUGGAAUAACUCAAAAAAGAAUUAUACAUUGACAUACAGUUAUUUCAAAAUAGCAAAACUUAGUACGGACAAGUGUGAAGCUGAGGAAACUGUAGAUGAUAUAUUAGAUAGUUUAAGUGCAAUAACGGCGGCCGUGGGUCCGGGGCAUCCUCUGCACCGCCACGUGGAGACCAUCGUGCAGAAGCUCCCUGUACAGCUGCGCGACCGGAUGACGUCACGCCCACCGCCCGAGCGCCCCGCCUCGCCCUCCCUCAAGUCUCUAGUCAAUUUGCAUAAAAAGACAAUCAAAGCGCUUCACGUCCUCCAACGCACGGAGACACAGUGGGGCCUGUCACUGGAACGUAUAUUCCACCUGGAGGACGUGGCCUCCAACCAGCGCCUGCCAGACAGGAGAUUCCAACAUUUCUUUCCCACACCACGACCGAAACUACAGCGAAUAUUGUACCCGCCCAUUUUAGAAUGGUACUGGGAGUGCUUCCUCAAGCAAUACUUCCUUAAGGGCAUGGCAAUAAUCACCGGCAUAAUGUCCGUGGCGGUGGUCUGGUCCGAAAUGACGUUCUUCUGCAAGAAACCAGUCCUGUCAGUGUUCGCUAACGUGGUCAUAGCAGCCGGAGAGACUUAUAACUAUGCAGCUAUUGUGACAAUAUCGACCGUAGUGAUAGCGUACAUGUUCUACUGCGCGUACUCCACGGUGCUGAAGAUCAGACUGCUGAACUUGUAUUACCUGGCGCCUCAUCAUCAGACUAACGAAUACAGUUUGAUAUUCUCCGGAAUGAUGGUCUGCAGGCUAACGCCGGCCAUGUGCUUGAACUUUCUCAGUCUGAUCCAUAUGGAUUCUCAUGUUAUUAAGGAAAGAGUCAUGGAAACUUCAUAUACACAGAUAAUGGGCCAUAUGGACGUAUUGGGCAUCAUAGCGGAGGGCUUCAACAUUUACUUCCCCAUGUUGGUGGUGUUGCUGUGCCUGGCGACUUAUCUGUCCCUGGGCAGCCGCGUCCUCACGCUGUGCGGCUUCCAGCAGUUCGUGGGCGACGAUGAGCUAACAACCGACCUGGUGGAUGAAGGAAGAGAGAUCGUGAAGCGAGAAAAACGCAAGCGGCAACGCGCCGAGGAGUCCAUGAGCAGACGACGCGACUACAGCGAGAGGUUCACGAAGUACCGCACCAACAGGGACACCAAUGAUGGAGCCCGCACCGGGCUGCUGCACGACGUGGACACAGAGUACUACGCGGGGCCGGACCGCAGCGCCGCCGUGCCGGACUACGAGCGCGCGGAGAUGCCGUACAACCGCUCCAACUUGACGCUGGAAGACGAGAUCGAGCAUCGGUUCGGGGACAGCGCCCUGCCGACCGUGCGAACCGAGUACGACGGUAGGCGGGAUAAAAUGACAAUGCCUCCCAGGGGCUUGUUUGACGAUGUUUAAGUGCAACAUAAAACGCCCUGUAAACGAUCAAAUUGUUUGUCAAAUUAUUUGACAGUAUGCAGCUUUGUUUGUGUUUGACACGUUUGAUGCAGGCAGCGGCUUGGCUCUGCCCCUGGCAUUGCUGAAGUCCAUGGGCGACGGUAACCACUCACCAUCAGGUGGGCCGUAUGC